UGUCCGAAGGGGCUUCUCGGCGUUACUUGUUGAUCUCCGGGCGAAACAGUGGCGCGAUAUGCGGAGCGGGGAGCCGGCGGGGAGGCGGUAGAUCGUGCUGAGGGGGGGUCUCUCUGCCAUGUCGGAGGCAGAGGAGGGGGACAUGGAUUGGGUCAGACCCUGGCAAUAGUAAAACCACUAACGACGCCUCCUUUUCUUUUUGCCUUUCUUUCUCCUUCUUCUUCUUUUUUUGUUUUUGUUUUUGUUUUUGUUUUUUUAAAUGCUUCAUCUGAACGGAUUGAUCGUCCACAGAGCUGCUUUGGAUGACAGCAACUCACUACGACACAAUUAUGAAAGAAAACUGGACCAAGCAUAGCUCAUAGCCCCAGAUGUUUGCCUCAUUCAUCGAACCACGUACCAUUGAAGUCAUCAUGGAGAAAUCCCUGACAGAGUUAAACAAGGCCGGCUCUCACUCGACAUCAUCGCUGCCGCCUGAACCGGUGGACAUCAUGCGCAGCAAGACAUGUUUCCGCAGAGUCAGGCUGAAUGUCGGGGGUCUCCCACAUGAAGUCUUGUGGCGAACGUUAGAUAGGCUACCACGAACACGUUUGGGAAAGUUAAGAGAUUGCAACACCCACGAAUCUCUGAUGGAAGUGUGUGAUGACUACAACCUCGAGGAGAACGAGUACUUUUUUGACCGACAUCCGGGGGCGUUCACGUCAAUUUUGAACUUCUACCGCACGGGCAAGCUGCACAUGAUGGAGGAAAUGUGCGCACUGUCCUUCAGUCAGGAACUCGACUACUGGGGCAUCGAUGAGAUCUACCUGGAGUCGUGUUGCCAGGCGAGGUACCACCAGAAGAAGGAGCAAAUGAACGAGGAGCUCAAAAGGGAGGCCGACAAUAUGAAAGACAGAGAGGGUGAAGAGUUUGACAACACUUGCUGUACUGAAAAGCGAAAGAAGCUCUGGGACCUCCUGGAGAAGCCCAGCUCAUCUGUUGCAGCAAAGAUCCUGGCAAUCAUCUCCAUCCUCUUCAUCGUGCUAUCCACCAUUGCCUUGUCUCUGAACACCCUUCCAGAGCUGCAAGACACCGAUGAGUUUGGCCAGUCGUCAGACAACCCACAGCUGGCCCAUGUGGAAGCUGUAUGUAUUGCCUGGUUUACCAUGGAGUACCUGCUUCGCUUUCUCUCCUCCCCCAAUAAGUGGAAGUUCUUUAAGGGUCCUCUGAACGUCAUUGACUUGUUGGCCAUCUUGCCGUAUUAUGUCACCAUCUUCCUGACAGAAUCCAACAAAAGUGUACUGCAAUUUCAGAACGUCCGUCGCGUGGUCCAGAUCUUUCGGAUCAUGCGUAUCCUGCGCAUCCUGAAGCUGGCUCGUCACUCCACGGGUCUUCAGUCUCUUGGCUUCACUCUUCGGAGGAGUUACAAUGAGCUGGGCCUGCUCAUCCUUUUCCUGGCCAUGGGUAUCAUGAUCUUCUCUAGUCUGGUGUUCUUCGCUGAGAAGGAUGAGGAGGAUACAAAGUUUAAAAGCAUUCCAGCUUCUUUUUGGUGGGCUACUAUUACAAUGACCACGGUAGGCUAUGGCGAUAUCUACCCAAAAACUCUGCUGGGAAAGAUAGUGGGGGGUUUGUGCUGCAUAGCUGGAGUACUGGUUAUUGCCCUGCCUAUUCCCAUUAUUGUGAAUAACUUCUCUGAAUUCUACAAGGAGCAGAAGAGGCAGGAAAAAGCAUUAAAACGAAGAGAGGCCCUAGAGAGGGCAAAGAGAAACGGCAGCAUUGUCUCCAUGAACUUGAAAGAGGCAUUCGCCCGAAGUGCGGAGCUGAUGGAUGUGGUCGUGGAGAAGAGUGAGCGGCCUCAUGACAACCACCUCUCUCCGAGCCGUUGGAAAUGGACCCCAAAGAGGGCUACAUCCGAGACAAGCUCAAACCGUUCCUUCAACGCCCAGGAGUUAAGCUCUCUUAACAAGGGCCGAGCCACAAGUCCCCAGAGGUUAAAUGUUCAAAAGCUAGAGGAGAUGUACAACCAGAUGGCCAAGACACAAUCCCAGCCAAACCUCAAUGCGAAAGACAGAGGCUCCAGAGCAGGCAAACAUAGGGAUGAGAUAGAGCUGGGGGCCAUCCAAGAUCACGGCCCGCCUGUGGCGGGAACCAGAGAGGGAGUGGGAGACAUGAAAAGCUUGUCCAGCAUUGACAGCUACAUCAGUUGUGCUACAGACUUUCAGGAGAAUCCACGCUUCCCCCAUAGUCCAGCAAUGGAUCUUGGCCUCCAGGAAGGCAACAGGUUCUCCCACAGUCCGGCUACAGCUUUGUCCCAGCACGGCAGUACAAAAGGCCAGCAAACCACUGCAGAGCGUGAGCCGAUGCUGACGCCUAUGCCUGUCACGAAGCCCUCAUACUCAGAGAAUGCGCGAAAAUUCUUCUUUUCUGGCAACUCCUCAAAAGGCCUUAUCCCAAAAGGAGGCUGUCACAGUGAGGGGGAGUCAGGCCCAUCCCCGCUUUCAGACAGCUCUGUCCUGUCAGAUCACUCUCUGCUGAGCCCUGAAGUUUCUGUCUAUACCACUGCCAGCAGCAGAACCCCACCGAAGUCCCCAGAGAGCGCUGCCCUGGGCCCAACUGUCUUCACCUUCCAUGACUCCUCCAUCAGCAAAUACAUCGACGCUGACACAGAUGACGAUGAGCACCUCCGAGACAACUCUGAUGCUAGUCCCUCAGAGCGUCUUUUGGCUGGUUCAAGCCCAAAACGCAGCAUCAACAUAAAUUACCAGAAAGGCACCAACCAUUUAGAAGCAGCCCAAAAAAUGCUGGGCCAAAACUGUCUGUUCCCCAUUGAAGGGAUUCGUGGGGUAGCUCAUGAGAACCACGUAGGACCUGAGAUGGCACGUAGACCAAAGGUUGAGAGGGGGCGUCAAAACACUUUAGAUAAAGGCCUCUGAGGUACAAGUGGAGCUGACAUAAACAGGAAGCUGGAGCCAGAGUGUUUGUGUUCGAUGGAAACACCGGACGGACUAAAAACACUCUAUAAGCCAGAGACAAAGGAAACGGGGAGAGACAAAAAGUCUCACUGAAACAUUUCGAAUUACAAAUUACCUGAGCAUGCCAGUGGGCAUCAAGCUUAGGGUGAACAUGUGUGGUGAAUACUCUGGGAGAAAAAUACUUCUAAAUUGGAGAAUGUCACUGCCCCUCCUUCAGCUCAUUCCUAUUAGCGGUAUAACACACCCACAGAACAAAAGGAGCGCUCCCAGGUAGCCAACUAGUCCGUCCAGAGAUCCCUGUGGAAGUUGUAAGAGAAGUUAAGAUCCGGUCAUUAACUACUGUAACCCAAUUGAAUGUUUGUUUUAGCAGCAUGUGAGGAUAUCUCUUAUUUUCUCCAGGAAGAAAACCCCAGCUGCCCACUAUCCCAUUACUGAGUCCCAGUUCAUUUUGUAGUCUUGGAGAUACAGGAGAGGACCUAGAAGCCUAUAAGCUACUUACUUGUGCCCUCCAUUCCCAAAACUGGCCUUAGUCAUAUACAUUUGUAGGGGUGUGCAUGACUGCAUACAAGUGUGUCUGUGUGUGUGUGCGUGCGUGUGUGUGUGUGUGUGUGUGUGUGUGUGUGUGUGUGUGUGUGUGUGUGUGUGUGAGUGAGUGCAUAUGUCGAUGGUGAUCUAAUUCGUCUAUACACGCUCUCGAGAUUGUCUUACCUAAUUUAUUUUUAUAUAGAUAAGAGAAAGUUCCUUAUAGAAAUGUGUGAUUUGCUAGUCUGCUGUGUCAUAAUCAUAUGUGAAGAUUAAUCCUGUAUGAGGUUCAAUGUCUUGGCGCAGAGGCUGCAGUUAUUGGAGGCUCCAGCCCAUCCUCCGUUGUAAAGAGCACUCUUUAUUGAACAGUAUUUUGCUAUUCCCUAUGUCGUCACGUUAUGGUGAGAAUGGAUGACACUUUUCGAUCUUGAGCAGUGGAUAUUGUUUUCGCUCCUCAGCAUCAUUUUUAAAAAGAUGGUAGUGGACCAAGAUUUUUUGAUAUGGGCUAACAUAGCAGCCAGAAAUAAUAAGCUUGCUGCAUAAAGCGCACAUUUAGGAAGCAUGCAUGUGCCCAACUAAUAGACAUGCACAAAAACAUGAGACGCUUUUAGAAAUGAAGUUUUUUUUGUUUACAUAUGAUUAUUAAUUACUGACAUAAAAAUUAUACAUCAGUAACAGAUGUUCAGCAUGCAUUGGCCUUCCUUUGACCAACACGAAAGCAGCCAAAGAGAUCACACUCUCAGAUAAUGGGAAAUGCAUGUAUUUGAUACUGAAAGCAGAGAGGUUUUCCAUCUAUACAUUGUUCCUUAAAAGAAUCUGUUAUAGCACUCAGUGUACACUGCCAGAUUGACCUAACCAUAAGUCAGUUGUAAAUCCCUGACCUGAUAAAACCCAUGCAUGAGUACACACACCCACUGAAGAUACGUGCAGGUAUGGAAGACAAUCUUCAAGAAAGAUAGAUAUAUAGAUAUACUUAGUUUCCAUGGUGACAGCAGCUGUCCUCAAAGGCUGGCAGCGGCACAGCAACAGUUUGUUAGGGGCGGGAAGGUCUGGUUGCAUGCGUUUAAAACAUAUACAAGAGCACACACAGGCAUGCACCCAAAAAGUGAAAGGUGUGCACAGUAUUCACCUGUCAUCAGAACCAUUCCUCACUGUGCAUAUUUAUGAGUACUGUGUCAAAGCAAACUUAUGAUGUUAAGGACCGUGUGCAUUGUUAUGUCUAUGUCCAAAACUAUGUAGCAUCUCAUGAAAACUAGAAUUCCCUGCAAAUUAUUUCUCUAUUUAUAUUAGUACAUAGCGGAUAGAAACAGUCUUACAUAACACACAUAACUAUUAAAAGUACAUAUUACAUAAGAAUGAUCAUUUACUGAACACAACUGGUGAAAAUCCUGAAAGAAACAUAACAUGGCGAAGUAAUAGAAAAUAUGUGCAAUACUGUACGAAAGGGAUAAUGCCGAAUGAGGUGUCCAUUAUCAGGAAUUAAUGGAUGAUGUUUUGAUCCGUGGAGUACAUUAAUUCCUGAUUAUGGACAGUUUGAAGGCCAUUAUCCUGCAUAUACCAUGGUCACUUGCCAAAGAAAAAAAAACAUAAAUACCAUUAAUGUAUAUUUUUAAGUAUUUUGUGAUCAAAAUGUUUUAAACAAGCAGUAACUCUGUUUCCCUGGCAACACCUGAGAGUUUGACUUAUUGCUGACUAAUCAUUACAAUCCCAUGAGGUUCUUAUGUAAUGGGAACUUGUUCACUCCACCGGUAAAUAGGACAGACCUAAGAUAUGACUCACCAAUGGGAGAUAAACUAGUCCGCUCAGCUUAUUGAACUCUUCGGCUCAGCUGUUAGCCACUAAGCUAACUUUAUGCUCUCAUGAUUAAAAGUCAGUAACAUUGCAUACGUUAGGAAAACAGUGAAUAUGAUUUCAGGGCAUGUUAAACAACAAGGCUAGCUAGCUAACCAGCCAUCAGAAUCAAGUAUUCGCUAGACCAUGGCAUACAUCUUGAUAUUAUGAAAUUUACUCAAAAGCACUUGUAACCAAAUAUACCUCGAUAUCGAUAUUCCAACAAUAUUGUAGAGAUGACUAUUUGUACGUGCACCAAAUAUCAACACAAUGACAUUUUUGAUAAAGAAUCAUCAGUAAUGUUGAUUUAAUGACUAAAGUAAAGGAACAUUUUAACAUCCAUAUAUAUGCCUGGGCAAACAAAGUACUACAUAAAUAUAUAUCAUGCAGUAGUACAAAGAAUGAAUCUAAUCCCUUUAAACAUUUCAAGAGCAGGUAUGUCUUGUGUAUUCACCACUUUCACCAAUUUAAAUGAGACAGGUGAAGAGGAACCUCACUGCCAAAUUUUCAAAGAAAAUGGACCAAACUUUCAAAGCCUCCCGACACAAAUAUUUUUGUAACAGAUGCAAAUGAAAGAGCUCAUUAUAAAGGUAGGUGUUGAGUAAAAUUGAUUCAAAAUCAACAGACGGUGAUCUACAUGAAAUGUUUAGUUGUGCUAUGGUCCAGAGUCUAAUCACAAACCCUGAUUUCAUUUUCUGCUUUAAUCACAGAGUUGAACCAUUUCAUAUUGCUCUCCCAUAGUGAGAGGAGCAGAGGUGUGAAAGGAAUACCAAUGAAUGUGAGAGGCAGAGCCAACCGUGUGUGUGUGUGUGUGUAUGACUGCUGUGAAGCUAGGGCAUUAGAGCAGUUUGGCUGCAGCUUCAUGGAGAAGAAUGAUCUGUUUCGGAUAUGAACGUAUGCAUGUCGGGGGGAAUCCUGCUUUUGUUUUCUCCAUAUUCUAUCUGCAGUCUGAUCCUAACAUGCAGCCAUAACACAGAUUGUAAUUCCAAAAAACUCUAAUCAUAUGCGAAAAUUAAGAUUGUGUUAGCACACUUUUAAUGUUUGAAGUGGAGCUUAAUUUACAGUCAACAAAAGUGAUGGGAGGAGCAUUUUAUAAGUCUUAUUUAGCACAUGUAAUGAGGGAAAAAUCUGUUUUAUGCAGCAGUCACAAUGUGUUACAGAAUUUUUUUCCUUUUAGUCACGUACACAUUGUAUUCAUUUUCUUAGAUUGCACAUUAAGUAUCUGCAACAAAAAGAAAAAAUGAUCACAUUCAAAAUAAUUUUUAAACAUAAAUGCAUGUAUCAUCUACAAAGAAGUGUUCCCAAAUUAAAUAAUUGUAUAUUAGAAGGAGGAAAUGUCCUACAGCAUGGCAAUCAGUUGAAGAUAUCUAAUAUUUUCCUAAUAGCCUCUGGUGAUAUUCAUGUUUUUGAAAUAACUGCUCCUAUGGUGAUAUUCAUACAAUUUUUCUCACCCCAAUAAACUUCACUUAAAACUAAUUAUUCAUAUCACAUUAUGUGGUGGAAAAGCUAAAGAUUCAAUCAUAUAAUGAAAACAUGAUACAUAUUCAUCUUUGUCCAUUACAUUUUUAUUUUCUUAGGAGUGAAAUUUAGUUAAAAACCUGCCAAUUAGACGUUAGUUCCUGAUUAAAGGUGCAUCAUGUAAUUUUGGGGGAUACAUGUUAAUCAGAAGAGAAAGAUAUUGGAUGAUUUUUUUUUAUGCCUACACAAACUAAAUAAACACAGUUUUUAUGUUUUCAAGGCCGAUUAACUGAAUAAUCAAACUGACCUCUAACGAUCAACACAAUUUCUUACUAUUUUACUUUGGUUUUAUAUGGCGGACCCUGCCACAUUUUCUAGCUUCAAACUGUUCUUGGGACCAUAUUUUCCUCUGAAAAGAGUUUGUUCAUUACCGAUUGAAAACAGUUAUGUUUCUGAGUUAGUUUUAUUACCUCAUUAAUAUUGUAAAAAUAAGAAUUCCGACUUCAGAUCUAUUAUCCAAAAGUACAUAGUCCUCCUUUAACUUUCCGCUGUCUAUUUAUCUUUAUUUUAUGAAAAGUCAAGGCCAAUGUAUGCCCAACAUGUGUUAGUGUUUUUCCUAAGUUAGGCCUCUCCUUCUGGGUGCAUUACAUUAUUUGACAAAUUGAUUUAGAUCAGGAUCUUUCAUUUUUUCCAGUGCUGAGAUAAAGGGCAUUCAGCUCAUGAAGAAUCAUGUGAGCUUCUGUCCCAUCAUUUAGGGUUUCUAUAUAUGGUAGUCAGGGACCAGUUUUCACUAAAAAAUAUCUCUAAACAAUGAUGACAAUCAAUAUUCCAUUUAUCGGCAGCAAGCAGUAUUGUUGAGAACUGAGAUUUAAUAUGGGCACCCAUGUGCAUACACACACUCACAUGAACACACGAUAAUCUGAUAGUAGUAUGACACUAACUUUUAGACAAGGUAGUGUAAAGAAACAUCAAGCCUGGUAUUGUGAUUUGAUACCUAGACUGCGAUACUGUGACAUAAUACCACAACAACACACACAAUGUUCAUUUAUUUUUACAUGUCAUGCUUGUUUUUAUUUUAUUUGGGCAUUUUACUUCCCUCCAUCUUCAAGGGAGCCAUUCAAAUGAAUGAAUCUGAUGGUAUAAAAGAGCUUUUCAUUUCAAUGAGAUCCCUGUGGAAAAAUUCCAUGACUAAACUGUCAUGCUUUAUGAAGAAAAACACACUCAAGUGACUUGUUUGAGUUCUCAUUUGUUGACACAGAUUCAGAUGAAGAGCACAGUUUUCUCAGACAUUUCCAUCCCAAGACUUCCCACUGUACAGUAAAUGCAUUUAGUUGAAACCUAAAAUAGAAUUUGGUUGUCUCGCUAGCUGCUAAAUUUAUCUGUAAAGAGGUUCUAAAGAAGUCUUUUUAGUUUCUGUAAGAACCCCCAUAGGACCCUUUUCCAGGACGUGUGGUAGUUUCCAAAAUCCCAGUGAGAACCACUGCUUUAGCAAGUAGCCCUAUUCCACAUACUCUGAAUCUAACACUGUAUUACAGGGUUGGGGUCGAUUCAGGAUGCCUUGAUGGAGUAAAACACACAUCACACAUCACACUAUAAAAAGGAACCAGUAUUAGAGCAUGAGACAAACUACAACCUAGUACAAAUUAAAAGCAUAAAAUAUAUUUUUUCUACGUCUCUCAGUGGAAUUGACCCCAACCUUGCCUAAGCCAUCAGUCUUUGUAAGUACACUGUUUCCAGGGAAUUGAAAAAAAAAAAAAAGAUAUUUGAAUGACCUUAGCCAGCUCUUAUACAAUGUUGUUUGUAGGUCCCGAGGCUGUCUGUUUUGUAAAAAAAAAAAAAGAAGAAAAAAAGAAGAUGAAUUUUUACAUGUUGACUUUCUAUGCUGUUGUUUCUGUAUAAAUGUUCUAUUGUUCAGUGCAUGUUGUAACUUUGGCGUUGUGACUGGUUGUGAUUCACACAGAGCCAGUUCUUGUCAUGUAAAAAAAAAAAAAAACUGUCUCUAUGUCCCAAGAUAUUUCUAUUUCUUAAGAAAAGCAACAUUUCCCUUGGAUGACUCAAAAUGAAAUAAAUCUGAUCACUUUACAUUUUGA